CUAGCAGCCGCAUCUCUCUAUCUCUCGGUCUCCAUCCGUUUGGCAUCAUCAGUCAGGUAUCAUGAUAAACACCUGCAGCGCUAGCCUUCCUCCACCGCCGGUGCCUCCACGGCCUGGAAGCCAAAGCUCCACGCGGAACCGGACCAAGACAUACACCAGGGUCCUCUCAGCAGUGUAUGUGGUCCACACAGUGGUCACUGUCGCGCUGUUUCUCUACCUGUUCCAGAGGAUAGGUCCAGCAAGCAGUGAAGACACCACACUCCGUAAUGACCUCAUAGUGUUGAAAAGGCUAGUGGAGUGUAACAAUAAUAUGGACAGUGGAUCCAUGCUGGACUGCAAGAAGGUCCAAGAGGAAUUCAAAAGGGUAGUAUCAGAGGCAUCACACCCUGAAGGAAAAGUGGAGGGACUCUCAGCAUCUGGCACUCCCAGUGACGCAGAAGCUCUGGCACAGAUGUCAGUUAAGCAGCCAGACCUGCCACUAUCAUGCACAGAUUGUAAAACCUUGCAGUGGAACCGGGAUCGCUCCAUAAUGAAGAAUGUGGACUACUUCACCAAGCAAGCGACACUGAGAAUACGCAUCCCUGGAUAUUACUUUGUCUACUCCCGGGUCACCUUCUCCAAACACAAUUCCCGAAUCCCCCUUGCCCAUACUGUCAACCGCUUGCAGGAGGAGGCAGAUAAAGGCCUCCUGUUAAAAUCAUUCUGUAGCAUGAGGACUGGGGAGUUCUGCACCUCCUUCCAAGGAGGAAUCGUCAGACUGGAGGAAGGACAGCAGCUCUAUGUCAAUGUGACAGACUUGAGUCUGGUGAACUUUGACGUGACUGCGACCACUUUUGGAUUAUUCCUGCUGCGGCACACCCCUUAAAUGGCUGCGCUCUUGCUCGCUUGAGGUCAAUACACUGACUCCACAGAGGCAUGGAGAAGAAGCAAUAAAAAUUAAAUUACCGUUGAUGCUUUCUACCAAUAAAUUGUCUCUGGGAGAACAGGGUCCCUUAGAACAUGCACAGAAGUCCACUGGAACCAGACAAGUUCAGAAUAAGUGAACCAGAGCAGUGGCGAUAAAGAUUAUCUCUAUACAAAGUGGGAGAAUGCACUCUCCAUGAAGAGCACAGUAACAAUGGAACAUCACCGCCUCUUUGUUUUCAUUUGAAUGUAUUAUUUGUAACUGCACUACAUUUCAUGUUUAUGCUGCACUGAUCAAAUGGGGGAAGCAUAAGGGCAUAAGUUAAGGGCAUUUAUGUGCAUUUCAUUUAUUUUCUCUUUGCAUUUAUACCAGCAGUGGUUUCACUGACAUCCCACUCUAUCAGUCUAGGCAGAUAUUUCUUUGCUAGACUAGGUAUGCUGACUUAGGUGUGGAAAAUACUCACUGUACUGCAGGUGGGUGUUCUAGACAAGCAUGCACGGCUGUGUGGGAAGUUAGGGUUGGAAGAUUCAUUUCUGCUGCUUCUGACCUGGGAUUGCAAAAACAGGGACAAAGUACCCAUCAUCAGUGCUCAUUGGUUCAUACAUUUGUUAACUGAACACAAGCAAGGCCCUACAAACAGUGAGUCAUUUGUUAAGAUGCUAUAGCUGAUGAGUCCUCGAUAAUGGAAUAUUCACAUUUUAUUUGCCUUUUCGAUCCGCCAACCCAUUUCCUUACUGGUGGUUGUUUUCCAGUAAAAUCAGUUUUAACUAUUUAAAAAUGUAUUUAUGGUCCUGUUUUUUUUUCCCAAAAUAUUGCUUUUUAUAAUUUAUUAUAAACAUGAAUUGCUUGUCAUAAGAAUGAAUGUAUUUAAACGACACAUAGCUAUUA